AUCCAGAAUAUCAGAUGAAAUAACUUACAGCAUAUGUCUGUUUUAUUUUAUUUCAGUUACUGUUUCAAAUUAUACAAUGGAGCUUUUUAAACUUUGCAUUCUGGCCUUUGUUCUAUAUGCACAGCUGCACACUGGUGUGUCAAGUUUCAGUGAGGACAUGGAUAUCUGGUCCCUGGAGAACUGGCAGGGUGAUCCAGCAGAAAGUGGUUUCACUCUCCAUUUUGAUGACCUGCUGAAGCGCUCCAAAUCACAGCAGUUUCAUGGGUUAAUGGGCCGAAGCUUAGAUAUUUCUCAACCCCUGCAACUUGGUCGGAAAAGAAACAAUGGAGAGAUGUUUGUUGGACUGAUGGGCAAGAGGUCUUCAAAGGGAGAUUUUGAAGAGGAACCAGACAAGCCACAGUAAUGCUAAUUAUGCAAACAACAUGACUGGUUUUGCCUGGCUAUCAUUAUGUAAUGCUCUCCUAUCUAAUUUAUAUUCAGAAAAAAAGAGUUUUCAAUAAAUCACUGAAUUUGUAAACCAUGUUAUUUAUGACCCCUUUUUGAGCCUGGUUCCGCUCAAGGUUUCUUCCUCAUAUUGUCUCAGGGAGUUUUUCCUUGCCACAGUCGC